AUGGCGCCCACCUUCCUGGUGGAACUGUCCAGAGUGCUGGCCAACCCCGGCAACAGCCAAGUAGCCCGGGUGGCCGCCGGCCUGCAGAUCAAGAACUCGCUCACCUCCAAGGACCCCGACAUCAAGGCCCAGUACCAGCAGAGAUGGCUCGCCAUCGACGCCAACGCCCGCCGGGAGGUCAAGAACUACGUUUUGCAGACGCUGGGCACGGAGACGUACCGGCCCAGCUCGGCCUCCCAGUGCGUGGCCGGUAUCGCCUGCGCCGAGAUCCCCAUGAACCAGUGGCCAGAACUCAUCCCCCAGUUGGUGGCCAACGUUACAAACCAGCACAGUACGGAGCACAUGAAAGAGUCAACGCUGGAGGCCAUUGGAUACAUCUGUCAGGAUAUUGAUCCAGAGCAGCUUCAGGACAAAUCCAAUGAGAUCCUGACAGCCAUCAUCCAGGGAAUGAGAAAGGAAGAGCCCAGCAACAAUGUGAAGCUCGCGGCUACGAACGCACUCCUCAACUCUUUGGAAUUCACCAAAGCAAACUUUGACAAAGAGUCUGAAAGGCACUUUAUUAUGCAAGUAGUCUGUGAAGCAACGCAGUGUCCAGAUACAAGGGUACGAGUGGCUGCCUUACAGAAUUUGGUGAAGAUAAUGUCCCUUUAUUAUCAGUAUAUGGAGACAUACAUGGGGCCUGCCCUUUUCGCUAUAACUAUUGAAGCAAUGAAAAGUGACAUAGACGAGGUGGCUCUGCAGGGCAUAGAGUUCUGGUCAAACGUCUGUGAUGAGGAGAUGGACCUGGCCAUUGAGGCCUCUGAGGCAGCAGAGCAAGGAAGGCCCCCGGAGCACACUAGCAAAUUUUAUGCCAAGGGAGCACUACAGUAUUUGGUCCCGAUUCUAACACAAACGUUAACAAAACAGGUGAGUUCCAAAAUCCCUGCCCCACGUCUGCGUCCAAGCACUGGGAUGGUGAUGCUGCUGCUCCACGGAGGAGCAGAUUGUCCCUUCCAGAGGUGACUUUUU